AUGGGAGAUAAGGUUUUCCUUAAAGUAUCUCCGUGGAAAAAGAUAUUGAGAUUUGAAAGAAAGGGGAAGCUUAGUCCUAGGUUCAUUGGUCAAUAUGAGAUCAUUGAGCGUGUGGAUCCAUUAGCCUAUAGAGUAGCUUUACCACCAGACCUGGAUAGGAUACAUAAUGUUUUCCACGUAUCUAUGUUGAGGAGGUAUCGGUCCGACCCAUUACAUGUAAUAUCAGUGGAAUCUGUGACUAUAAAGCCAGAUUUAACUUAUGAGGAAGAACCAGUAAGGAUACUUGCUAGAGAAAUCAAGGAACUAAGAAAUAAGAGAAUUCUUUUGGUAAAAGUUCUUUGGAGAAACUAUUUGGAGAAACCAUAA